AUGCUGGGCCAGCUUCCCUAUGUGCCUCUGUUUACCGAAUCAAAUGCAGAAUACACGGAAUUUUAUGAUCUCGACAAAGUGGAUGGCCAUUCGGAUGGCUGGAUGAAACAGGACCGAAUUCUUUUUUGUGUUCCACUCAGAGAUGCUGCAGAACAUAUGCCGAUGUUUUUCUCACACAUGCGGAAUAUGACAUAUCCGCAUCAUCUUAUUGAUUUGGCAUUUCUUGUCUCAGAUUCGAAGGAUGAUACUAUGGGGCUUUUAGUGACAAUGCUUAGGGAAUUACAGAAUGAUGAGGACCCAUCGAUUCAUUUCGGAAACAUUGAAAUAUUUGAAAAGGACUUCGGUCAGGCAAUCGGUCAGAGUUUUAGUGAUAGACAUGGAUUUGCUGCUCAAGGACCACGUAGAAAACUUAUGGCCAAGGCCCAGGAUCUCAUGCACCACGAUAAAGAUGUGAUAGUUCCGAAUGUUUGGAGACCACUUCCCGAUUGGUUGGGAGGUCAACAACCAUAUGACUUGAAUUCUUGGCGUGAGAGUGACGGCGGGCUACAAUUAGCCGAUACGUUGGAUGAGGAUGCGGUUAUUGUUGAAGGAUAUGUUGAAUAUGCCACUUGGAGACCUCAUUUAGCAUAUUUGAGGGAUCCAUACGGAGACCCAGAGACGGAAAUGGAACUAGAUGGCAUAGGAGGUGUUUCUAUUCUUUCCAAAGCCCACGUGUUUCGUGAUGGUGCACAUUUUCCGGCCUUUUCAUUCGAAAAGCAUGCUGAAACUGAAGGAUUUGGUAAAUUAUGCCGUAGGAUGGGUCUAUCGGUGGUCGGUCUUCCUCAUUAUGUUAUAUGGCACAUCUAUGAACCAUCGACUGAUGAUUUGAAGCACAUGGAAUGGAUGGCUCAGGAAGAAGAGAAAGCAGAAAAGCGGAAAGAGGUGAUGAAGGUGUACAAGAAAGUGUGGAAAGCCGGAUUUGAAAACGUGCAAAAAGGCUGGGAAGAUGAAAGAUUACGUGUGCUUAAAAACUCUGAUCCGGUCCGUCUUUCCAGAAACGUCCGUGUUGACUGGAGUGAUUGA